UCCUUCUGAUUUUAUGCGUUCAUCAUGACCCGACUUAGCGUGCAAGGUGAUCCCGCGCUCUCAUGUCCCCAAAACCCAAAACCCUAGUCUCUAAACCCCCUCGCUUCCUCCCACAUCCACAAGCUCGGUCAUGGCGUCCUCCUCCCUCCUUCGAGAGCGCUCCAAAGCUCUCCCGAAGCUCCUCUCCCGCCUCUCCCUCCUCCGGCCGAUGGGCGGCGGACCCCGGACGUUCCCUGGUGGCCUCAACAAGUGGCAGUACAAGCGGAUGCACGAGAAGAUGGCGCGGCAGAAGGAGCGCCGCCUCCUCCAGCAGGAGAAGCAGCUCUACCAGGCCCGCCUCCGCUCCGAGAUCCGCGCCAAGCUCGCUGGAAAAGCCUCCAGCGAUGCCGCUGACUCCUCCUCUUCCUCCAUUGGCGGCUACGGUCCCAUGUCCUCCAAGGACCACAUCAAGGCCCUUGCCGACCGGUUCAUGAAGCCAGGGGCAGAGGACCUCUGGAACGAGGACGACGGACCCAUCCGAUCCGCCCCCCGGAAACGUCCCACCGAUCCGGCACCACCCAUCGAUCUGAGGAAGCUCGCGACGGACCGCCGUAAUCUGAUGGAAGACCGUGUUGGCGAGUCCAGAUCGUAUCUGGCUUCGUUUGAUCAGAGGAGGCAGUACUCCGUUGCGGCUGGGAGGGGAUUGAGGCCCGGAUCGAAGCCGAGGUGGAGGCAGAAUUCGUCGAGCGAAGAGGAUUCCGACUUAGAAUCAGGUUGUAAUUUGGAAGGGGAUACGGCCAAGAUGUAUCGAGAAACCAAAUUGGGGGUGAAAAAGGACUCAAGAUUUCCAAGGUUUAGCAUUCGAAGCGAGGAGGAAUUGGAUGAGGGGGGUGGAAAGAUUGCGAGGAAGAAGAUGAUGAGUGGGGCUGCCUUGGGGAACUAUGAUGUGAAGGCAGAGAGAAGGGUGCCUAGGCCUGUUGAAGAAAGGAGUAAUUUUGCCAAGGAAAUUGAAGAAAUUCGCAGCGAGCUGAGGAACAGGGACCUGUAUAGGAAUGAUGCGAGACACCAACGGGCACAGGAAGAAACACUUCUCACUAAAAGGAGAUUUGAUGAGUUCAGCAUAUCUCCACUGACAAUCAAGGCACUUGCAGAUGCUAGAUAUGUACAGAUGACUGUUGUACAAGAGGCUGCACUUCCAGUCUGCCUUGAGGGCAAGGAUGCUCUCGUGAAAGCCAAAACAGGCACCGGCAAGAGUGUAGCUUUUCUGCUUCCUGCAAUUGAAGCAGUCCUCCAGACGAUGAGGAACACUUUGAAUCAAAGAGUUCUGCCAAUAAAUGUUCUUAUUCUUUGCCCAACGAGGGAGCUUGCCAUUCAAAUUGCUGCUGAGACAAAUGUUUUAUUAAAGUACCAUGAUGGUAUUGGUGUUCAAACAUUAAUUGGGGGCACAAGAUUCAAGCUUGAUCAGAAACGUCUAGAUUCUAAUCCUUGCCAGAUUAUAGUUGCAACCCCUGGUAGGCUAUUGGAUCACAUUGAGAAUAAAUCUGGAUUUUCAGCAAGGUUAAUGGGUUUGAAAUUGCUUAUACUCGAUGAAGCUGAUCACUUACUAGACUUGGGUUUUCGAAAAGAUAUAGAGAAGAUUGUUGAUAGUGUGCCACGGCAGAGGCAGUCAUUGUUGUUUUCAGCUACAAUUCCUAAAGAGGUGCGUCGGAUAUCACAGCUUGUCUUGAAAAGGGAUCAUGUUUUUGUUGAUACAGUGGGCUUGGCAGGUGUGGACACUCCUAUUAAGGUGCUGCAGUCAUGCCUUGUUGUGCCACAUGAACUGCAUUUUCAUCUGGUUUAUCACCUUCUGAAGGAACACAUCAUGCAGGAACCAGAUUAUAAGGCUAUUGUAUUCUGCACAACUGCUAUGGUAACAGCAUUUAUGUAUGUACUUCUCCGAGACUUGAAGAUGAAUGUCAGGGAAAUGCAUUCAAGAAAGCCACAGCUAUAUCGAAGUCGUAUAUCUGAAGAAUUUCGAGAAUCCAAAAAUAUAAUUCUUGUAACCUCAGAUGUUUCAGCUCGUGGAAUGAAUUAUCCUGAUGUUACUCUUGUGAUUCAGGUUGGCAUUCCUUCUGACCGUGAACAAUACAUACAUCGGCUUGGAAGGACAGGACGUGAAGGCAAAGAUGGAAAAGGGUUUCUGUUGCUUGCACCAUGGGAAGAAUAUUUCAUGGAUGAUGUAAAUGAUCUACCCAUAGAGAAGUCCCAACCACCGGAGCUAGAUUCAGAUAUGAAGCAGAAGGUUGAAGAUUCCAUUGAAAAAAUUGACCCAAGCAUUAAGGAAGCAGCUUAUCAUGCAUGGCUUGGUUAUUACAAUUCAAUCCAUGAAAUAGGAAGAGAUAAAACCAUGCUUGCUGACCUUGCAAACCGGUUUUGUCAUUCAAUUGGCAUCGACAAGCCCCCAGCGCUUUUCAGGAAAACAGCUUUGAAGAUGGGACUGAAGGGCAUAGCUGGCAUUAGAAUAAGGAAGUGAAACCCAUAAACCCUCAGUCUGACCGAUUGUUAAUCUUUUCUUGAAUUAAUGCUGCUUCAAACCGGUGAACAAGGAUGGACUUGACGUUAUGUAAAUGACAUGAAGAGCAGCAUCAGCAGGUGAUUUUGUUGUUGCCUCCGAAGUUUUGGCGUUCUGAGCCAGGUCUCUUUGAUGCUUUGAGGCCUACAUAGCAAAAAGAGUUUUAACUUGUCCAAUCCACUCUGUACAGAUUGUAGACUCUGGGAUGGGAUUGAUGUUUUAUGUUGUCGAGGAACUGCUAUUUAUAUUUAUUUUGACAAUGUGUACACAUGAUGUAGGAUAUCACCAAUGGUUCAGAAAUUAUCUUAAUAGUCCUCAUGUCACUCCAUGUAUUAUUUAUGUUGAUGUAAUUAUCUUCUGUUGAGUUGUUUGGUAACAAGUACACCUCUAACCA